CAAUGAGUUACUCAUCAGUUCGUUCGUUCUUGUUCAGAUGCAAGGACGACAACAUGUCUGCAGUUACGACAUCUCCGAACCAAACUUCUACUCACGAAAAUAAAAUUGCCAUCAUGGAUGAUGGCGCGGAGACUGGUUAUGUGAGCGAUUCAUCCUUGAACUCGAGACAAGGAACAGCGACAGCCACAAAGCUAAAGGUGGAGUCUGCCGAGGAUCGAGUUAAAAGGAAAACCAAGUCCGAAAGAGAUAAACGAAGAUCAAGUAGAAUAUCUCUUACAAAUGAUGACUCUGGAAGUGAAAAUUCUCAUAGCAGCUUAGAACAGAAUCAACCAAGAUACAGGAAACGCUCUGGGAGUAAACGAAAUGACUCUGAAAAUAAAGAAAACCGAAGAAGAGCUGGAAGUAAAAACUCUCCAUCACUGAUCAGAAUUGAUAGUGAAAAAGAAAUGGACAGGAAUUCUGGAGAAGAUCCAAAAACGAAUCUUAAAAACGCUUCUACAACCACUUUAAAAAUGAACAGUAAAGAUAUAUAUUUCGGAACGUGGAAUCCUAAAGAAAGAGCUGUACUGGAUCAGGUUCUGCAUAAUAUCGAUUUAAAACCGGAUCAUAGAAGAUCAUUUAGAGACAAGUUAAGAAGAAAAGAAAACUCAACAACAAAGAAAGAGAAGUUUACUAAGAUUACAGAAGAAGAAGAUGUGCCAGUUGUGGACAAUAACACCAGAUAUCCACUUUGCCAGUACGGUAAGCAGUCCGACAAAAGAAAAUCGAUUCUUGGAAUAUUUUCAGGCUUGAAAAAGAUCAAGGAUAGCGUUUUGAGAAAGAACGAAAAAAGCGAGAAUUUGGACACCUUUCCAGUUGAUCCGUUGGAUGAUUACGUGCUUAAUAAAAAAAAGAAAAGCAUCUUCCGUAAAUUUGGUCGAAAGAAGGAUUUUGAUUUUGCACGUCGACGCGCACACUCGACAAAUGAUUACGUGAAAAGUGUAUCCAUGGCAACAACCAACCAAUCAAAUUUAUGUAAAUCUCGAUCUGGAUCGACCCAUUCCCUUAAAGGCUUGUUUUCACGCACUAAAUCAAUGGAUAACCUGAAAGGUGCUUUUGAAUAUUAUGCAAACGAGAAAGAAAUAUUUAAACGAACACCCAGUGUCGCUAAACUCGAUAAAUUUCAAUCAUUAUCGACAGAAAAUUUAAAUUCUCGACGUGGAAGUCAAAAAUCAAUUUACAAUGGUUUCGAAGCUGUUCAACCCACCUCAAAAGAGCUCGGUUACAACGAUGACAGUUUAGUAUUUGCUCAUGCUAAAUUGAUCCAGCCCCACACAGCCAGUCAAAGAAGCCUGAACUAUCCCCAUCCUCGCCAUGUUCAUCCCCAUGCGUACUAUGACUCGGAGGAUGACUAUUAUCGAGGUUAUCAAAGUGACCGAGCACCUUCCGUCGCCUCUGCUCAUCCUACAAUUAACCACCACCAUAAUCAAUCCUUUGGCGAUGCCGAAUACUCAAGUUUACGGGCACAUUCCUCAAUGUCGGCUUAUCCAUGCUAUUAUCCCCCACCACCUCCCAGACGAACGGGUUGUGGACCACCAGGAUACUACCCACCAGCAUAUCAACCAGCUCAUGCUCUACCUCCUGGAUAUUGUACACCAGGAUAUGCCACUCCAGGUUAUGCUACACCAGGAUAUGCCACCCCAGGCUUAGCUACACCUGGUUAUGCAACACCAGGCUUUGCUACGCCUGUUUACGCUGCACCUGGUUACGCUACACCAGGGUUUCAAAGUGGGUACACAUCAGAAAAUGAUUAUGCUCAAUUGCCUUACUCUCAAAUUUCCAUGAUUCCUUACCAUGCCAGGAGAGCUAUUCAAAGAAGCCUUUCAAAAAACAGUGCUACCUCUAACUACAGUUCAAACUAUGGUUAUGCAUCUGAAUCAAGCUUUUGUGAUGACGAAGAUAUGUACGGUAUGGUCCAACCAAGUAGCAGUCCUGGCUCAUGUAAACUGCAAAGGAAUUUAAGCACCACAUCGAAAACAAGUCAGAUGAGUACUAUGUUGUAAUAAAUUGUAAUUUUUUGAGGAGAAAUGUAUAUUUUUAAAUUUGUAAAUCAUUUAGAAUGAAAAAGAUUGUUUUUAGUAUAAAAA